UGAUGCUAAUCAUAGAGGAAAUACUUCACGUUGUCUCAUGGAGUGUUUAUCCAAGUGGCUGAGUAAAGCUGAUGAAAAUGUGUAUCCUCCUACUUGGCAGACAUUGGCUAGUGCUCUUAGAAAGUUAGAAGCAAUAUCAGUGGCUGAAAAUAUUGAGAAAACAAUGGUUAGCCAGCUACUACAGCAUUACAGUAGUAGAAUAUCUGGAGCAACACUCUCUGGAGAAUCGGUUGAUCUGUUACAUACAGAAGGACUGAUAUCUGAAGAGACAUUGAGGGAAGUGAAGAGUUGUGGAUACACACUAACAGAUGAUGCAAUGAGAGAAAUAUACACAGCAGUAGCUUAUGAUCAUAACAAAUUGAAAUCAUUUGCUAGCAUAUUAUUAAGAUCAACAGGCACUGUUAGUAUAGCCAAUGACUUAAUGAGAGGCAGUGAGGACAUGUUUGAUGCAGAAAAUUUCACCAGUGGUUGUGAUGCACACAAUGAAUCAAGUAAUGCUACAUCAAUUUCAGUUGAAGAAUCAAGUGUUAGAGCCACAAAAUUUGAGUUUCAAAUUUCAGAGCAUUAUGAUUUUGAUGAAAUGAGAGGAAAAUUUGGAACUUUCUAUUUCAAAGUCACUCGACUGGUAUCUCACACCAUCAGAGUGAACCAACUUGAAGAUUUCAUAGAAUUUCUUGAUGAUUGCUAUCCUGAGCUAGGUCCUAAUCUAACCUCUGCUGCUACAGUGAAAGAUAUCAUGAAAGUCAUUAAAACAAAGUGCAAUGUCAUCAAUAUUUCACCAGUAAAGGAAGUGGUCAGCUUUUACAGCAUAAAUGAAGCUAAUCAAUUGAUAUCUGGUUAUAAGGCAACACUUGAUGAGUUCUGUCACAAACUUAAGCUUCAAUUCUUGCUUGAUAAAAAGCUUUCAACAAGCGAUUUUCUCAUUUGUGAAACAAUUGAGUUUGUUCUAGACUGGGAUCCUGCUGAGCACUUAUUGAAUGACAUUCGUCGUUUAAUGGAGAAAGCAUUCCAAGGAUUGAGUAGAAGGAUCAUAGUCAAAAGCAUGCAUAAAGGGAACUCCAUCAUUAUCAUUUGUGGUGCUCCUACUCAUCUAAUGAAUGCUUUGCAAUUGAGGGCUCGUGAUAAUCUUACUGUGCUGCAAGAAGAAUUUGCUUUGAUGAGAUUGAAAAUAGGACACUUUAAAGUCUAUGAUAGGACCAUCAGAAACAAAGAGCAUGAGAUUGUUGCAGAGGAAAUUGAAGUGUUGGAAGGAGAGUUAAUGAAGCUGAAUCCAUACCACAGUGACAAUCAAAGUCUUAUUGAUGAUCAAGCAGCACAACUUAUACCUUUAAAACAGAAACAAGAAUUCAUCAAUGACACCAUGCAGACGUCAGGUUUUAAAAUCAAACAAAUCGAAAGAAAAAAGGCUGCAAACACAAAAAAGCGAAUGUUAUUAAGAGAAACUGAACAUUUACAAUCUACUCUAAGAAUCAGAAUAAGUCAAAAAGAAGUACUACAAUACAAUGAACAAGAGAUUGAGAAACUACAGGAAAGUAUAUCAUCUAUUCAUGUGCAGCUGCUUGAAAUGCAAAAUUCUUACAGUAUAUCUCUGUCAAUUUUUAAUCAGACAUCCAUAGAUAAAGAAGUGAAAUCCACACAGACAGUGCUAUCAUCCAAUGGAUCUAUCUGUGAAGCUCAAGAUGAUUAUAGCCGUGGCUCAACAAUUUCAUUUAAAAAGGGUGAACUACUUCAGUUAAGUACAAAUGGACAUGAGGUACAAUCACUGGAGACUGGACAGAAGAGUGCUGUUCCAAUGAUAUACAUUGGAUACUCAAGAGUAGAAUUACUUUACUUGUUUCAGUUUGCAGUGACAGAUCCACUGAUCCUAUUUGAUGAUAAUUUAAGUGAUGAUGAUAGAGCAUAUUAUUUUAUGCAAAAAAUUAUCAAUGAUCCUAUUCAAUUACAAUCAUUAAGGAAAUGGAUCUCAAAGCAUAAAUUGUUUAAAGCUAGUUAUAACUUUGAAGCAUCAAACUUACAAGAUUUAUCUUUGAAGAAAGGAGAAGUACUUGAAGUUGUUGAAUAUGAAAAUGAUGAUCAUUGGUGGUAUAUGCAUUCACUUGCUACAGACAAUAGAGGUGAAGUACCAAUAAAUUAUAUAAUACCGAUCGAAGGGAAAUACUCACCAAUGUACUACAAAUAUGUCUACUAUCAUAUGGUCAGUCGUACUGAGUCAGUGAAGCUACUGAGUAAACCAGACACUGAAGCAGGCACUUUUCUAAUUAGAGAUAGUGAAAGAAAACCUGGACAACAUUAUACCCUUUCGCUUAAUGAUGGAUUUACUAUCAAGCACUAUCAUAUAAACAAUGAGUUUAAUAAGUAUUAUACAAGCCGUAAUCUCAAGUUUGAUUCACUCAAUCACCUGGUACAACACUGCAUGAUGAAAGCACAUGGUUUCAGAUUGGCCUGUCCACUAACAGUUCCUAUACCCAAACAAGCAAACACACCCAUUGAAGUGGAUAAAGUGUGGGAAAUUAAUAAGUCAUCAAUCAAGUUUUUGAAAUGCAUAAAUGCUGGACAGUUUGGAGAGACAUGGAAGGGUAAUUGGAAAGGUAAUGGGCCAGUGAGGAUUAAGACAAAUAUAGCAACAAAUAUUACACAAGAAACAUUCAUUGAAGAGGCCAACAUAUUGAAAAAACUUACUUGGCAUCAAAACAUUAUCAUUCUAUAUGGUGUUUGUACUGAAGACUAUCCAUUUUAUAUUGUAACAGAACCAAUAAUAAAUGGAAACCUCAGAGAUUAUCAUUAUGUUGCACCAACAGAGCUGGUAGAUAUCGCUAUUCAAGUUGUUAAUGGUAUGAUUUAUUUAGAAGAACAAGACUACAUUCAUUGUGAUCUAAGAGCAGAGAAUAUACUAUUAGGAUAUAAUAACACUGUCAAGAUAGCAAACUUUCAUUAUGCCCAACACCUCAAUGGCAAAAAAUACUACAAUAUUAAGAAAUAUAGUGUACUAACUUAUAGAUGGACAGCACCUGAAGGAUAUACUUUAAACCAGCUUAGUAUUAAAUCUGAUGUUUGGUCAUUUGGUAUAUUACUAUGGGAACUGGCUACCAAAGGAAAGGAACCAUAUCCUGGUAUGACUGAUGAAGAAGUAAAGGAGGCAGUAUUAGAAGGUUACCAAAUGCCUAUACCUCAAGGUUGUCCUGAACCAUUUGAUCAACUUAUGAUAAACUGCUGGAAACAAGAUGACGAUGAGAGGCCAAACUUUAGGAAUAUUUUUGAUUUACUUAUCAAAUAUGAUACUCAUGAUACUUAAUAAA